AUGACGGCUCCGAACGGCUACCACAAACCUCACGACCGAGGCGAAUCUUACGCUGACGAUGACGAUCGCGACUCGGACCUCGAUCUCGACCUGAACGAACUAGACCCGCAAAGCACAUCGUCGGCGAGAAAGGCACCGUCGCGACAACCCAGUUCACGCCGCACAAGCUACGACUUCGGGGCGCGAAUCCCGCUGCGAAACCUGCGACUUGGUGGGCGGAGACGGCCGAGGGAGGAAGAUGCCGACGAUCUGCAGGCUCUGGUUGGGGGAGACGACGAUGAGGAGAGCAGGAAGCGGGAGAGUGCUGCGAGCUCUGGCUUGUCCACCAGAGACGACGAUGCGCCGCUGCUCUCACAUGCGAACGGGAGCGUGAGGAGACUCUCCCAGCAGGACUUGGGUGACUAUCGCAAACGGAGGAAAGGGCUAUGGCAGUACAUUCCCUUUGCGAACCCGUCCCCAUCGAUCGCACUGCCUGCGACGGGCGAGGAGGAAGCCGAGGACGAACAUGACCCUUCGGCCACACGAUUGAUAUCGGUCGGCCAGAAGCAGCCAACCCGCUUCCCUCCGAACGGGGUGUCGAAUGCCAAGUAUACGCCAUGGUCCUUCCUACCGCGGACACUCUUCAACGAGUUCAAGUUCUUCUUCAACAUGUACUUCCUGCUGGUGGCAUUGUCGCAGAUGUUCCCUGCACUACGAAUCGGUUACCUGAGUACAUACAUCGCACCUCUAGCCUUUGUGCUCAUGAUCACCCUGGGCAAGGAGGCGUACGAUGAUGUGUAUAGGAGGAAGAGGGACAACGAGGCCAACAGUGAAGCGUAUAGAUGCCUUCGAUUCGACGUGGGGAGUGACCCGAGUGCAAGCAGGAGCAGUGGCUUGCUGAAGAGGAAGAUCAAGAGUGUGUCAGAGAAGAAGAAAGGCAAGAGGAGAAGGGUCUCCACCGACGACGACACCGACAGGGUACAGCAGGCUGAAGAUGAAGAGUACAGGACACAGGAUACAGAAGCGCCGUCUUCAACCGUGAGAGAGAUGGUGAAGCCUGCGCGAGACUUGAAAGUGGGAGACGUGAUUGUGUUGGGCAAAGACCAGAGAGUGCCGGCUGAUGUUGUGAUACUGAAGAGCUUCGCGAUAGAAGCAGCGACACAGGCAGAUGACGGCAACGAGCAUGCACCAGAGUCGGACGAUCGGCUGUUAGACAUGGGCGACAGUGCUUCAUCACCAGAUCAAAGUUUACAAGAUGAAGCGAACAAAGGCCAGCCGCUGGACAACCUAACCACGUCUAGUGACCCAAGUGGUGGUGGUGAAGCUUUCAUUCGAACAGAUCAGCUCGAUGGAGAGACCGACUGGAAGCUACGACUAGCAACGCCACUAGCACAGACAUUACGUACGAGCGAGUAUGUGCGACUGAGGAUCACGGCUGGAAAGCCAGACAAGAAAGUCAAUGACUUUGUUGGCACUAUUGAGGUGGACCCACGACAUCGUGGAGGAUAUGAUCCUCCCGUGGACAACGAGCACUCUCCUGAAACGACCAAGGCAAAGUCAAGUCCUCUGACGAUCGAUAAUACAGCAUGGGCGAACACUGUACUCGCUUCAUCGACGACAGUCUAUGCCGUUGUUGUGUAUACUGGAUCGCAAACUCGUGCUGCGCUCUCAACGUCGCCUUCAAGAUCUAAGACUGGCCUGCUGGAGAAUGAGAUCAACAGCCUGACCAAGAUUCUUUGUGUGCUAACAGCCGCGCUGAGUCUCAUCCUCGUGGCGCUACAGGUGGAGCUUUCCGAACAUCACAAGUACAAGCAAUGGUAUGUCGCUGCCAUGCGGUUUCUGAUCCUCUUCAGCACCAUCGUGCCCAUAUCACUGCGUGUUAAUCUCGACAUGGGCAAGAGCGUAUACGCAUGGUUCAUACACCGUGAUCCUGGCAUUCCGGGCACCAUUGUCCGAACGAGCACUAUUCCAGAGGAUCUUGGGCGGAUCGAGUACUUGCUCAGCGACAAGACCGGAACCUUGACACGCAACGAGAUGGAGCUCAAGAAAGUGCACGUCGGCACUGUCAGCUACGGUGGGGAUGCUAUGGAAGAGGUCAGCAGCUACGUCAAGCAGGCCUUUGCAUCAACAGAAGAUGGUGGAGAAGACAGUCUCUUCACUCCGUCUGCAGGUCUUUCCUCGCUGAGUGGCACUACACGCACUCGUCGCGAGAUGGGACUGCGCGUGCGCGAUCUUGUUCUGGCACUCGCACUCUGCCAUAAUGUCACUCCAACAACGGAAGAGGACGCCGAUGGCCAGACGAAGAUAUCCUACCAAGCUUCGUCGCCUGAUGAGAUUGCCAUCGUACAGUGGACGGAGAGCGGUGGACUGCGACUAACUCAUCGCGACCGGAGACGAAUCACGCUGCAAUUCACCGGCAACGGAAAAACAGUGGUCCGUGUCGAGAUUUUGAAUGUCUUCCCAUUCACCAGCGACAGCAAGCGCAUGGGAAUCAUCGUUCGCUUUGUGCGAAACUCCCAUCUGACUAAGGAUGAGAGUGGGGAGAUCAUCUUCUUUCAAAAGGGUGCAGACACGGUGAUGACAUCCAUUGUGGCAGCGAAUGACUGGCUCGAUGAGGAGACUGGCAACAUGGCGCGCGAAGGUUUGCGUACUCUUGUCGUGGGACGGAAGACGUUGAGCGCACAGCAGUACGCGGCAUUUUCCACGGCUUAUACCGAAGCAUCGCUAAGCUUGUCUGGUCGUGAUGCUGCGAUGACUGGCGUGGUCAAGCAACAUCUGGAACGGGAUCUUGAGCUGCUAGGUGUGACAGGUGUGGAGGACAAGCUACAGCCUCAUGUCAAGCCCUCACUCGAGCUCUUACGAAAUGCUGGCAUCAAGAUCUGGAUGCUGACAGGAGACAAGGUGGAGACGGCACGAUGUGUCGCCGUGUCGUCCAAGCUCGUGAGUAGAGGGCAGCAUAUCCACACCAUUGCUGGCCUGAAACGACGAGACGCCGCGAUCGAUGCUCUCGGUAUGCUCAACAAUCACCCGAACGCUGCUCUCCUCAUCGAUGGCCAAUCGCUCGCAUUAUACCUCCAAUAUCACCGCGAAGCGUUCAUCACCCAGGCAGUGCGCCUCCCCGCCGUCAUCGCCUGUCGCUGCUCUCCGACUCAAAAAGCCGACGUCGCCCUCCUCAUCCGCGCCUUCACCAAGAAACGCGUCGCCUGUAUCGGCGAUGGCGGCAACGAUGUCAGCAUGAUUCAAGCCGCAGAUGUUGGUGUUGGUAUCGUUGGUAAAGAAGGACGUCAAGCGUCCCUCGCUGCCGACUUUAGCAUAACACAAUUCGCCCACCUCACCAAACUCCUUGUCUGGCAUGGACGAAACUCGUACCGUCGAAGUGCGAAACUUGCCCAGUUCGUCAUGCACCGUGGUCUCAUCAUCUCAGUCUGCCAAGCGAUCUUCUCGAUCGCUGCCAAAUUCGAGCCGGAUGCUUUGUACCGUGACUGGCUGCUGGUCGGGUAUGCGACAAUCUACACGAUGAUGCCCGUCUUCUCCCUGACCCUGGACCGGGAUGUCGACGAAGGGCUAGCGAACCUCUACCCGGAGCUUUACAAGGAGCUCACGACAGGCAAGAGCCUCAGUUACCGCACCUUCUUCAUCUGGGUCGCCAUCUCAAUCUACCAAGGCCUCAUCAUCCAAGGCGGCUCCGAACUGCUCGUUCCCAAUGCAUCCUCUGACAUUUCAACCAUGGGCUUCAAGAGGAUGGUCUCAGUCUCCUACUCCGUUUUGAUCUUUAACGAACUAGUCAUGGUUGCUGCGGAGAUUACGACCUGGCAUCCGAUCAUGAUCUUUAGCAUUUUGGGCACGGCCGCAAUGUAUUUUGGGAGUAUCCCGUUCUUGGGAGACUACUAUGAUCUGUCGUUUGUGGCGAGUGUUGGGUUCUGGUGGAGGUUUGCGGGCAUUGCGGCGGCGAGUCUGGGUCCGGUUUAUGCUGGGAAGAUUAUCAGAAGGAGGGUCAAGCCGCCUAGUUAUAGGAAGGUGCAGGGUGUGUAG